AUGUCCGUCGCGCAAGUCAUUGACACGACCCUAGCAUCCGUCGUCGCCAGCCCGACGACCCUCGACCUGCUCCGCCGUCUACACACCGAAGCACUCCAUGAGCCGGCCUACGUGAGCACCGACGGCCAGGCGCCAUCCACGGCUCUGGAUCUUUUCGUCGCGCUGGACCUGGACAAGUGCGCACUCGUCUACCUGCUGCUCCGGGCCACCGGGGCGCGCCACGUGGUCGAGGCCGGCACUUCGUUUGGUCUGAGCACCAUCUAUCUCGCCUUGGCUGUCGGCCAGAACGCUGCGUUGCACAAUGGAGAGGGCAAGGUCAUUGGCACCGAGAACGAGAGCAUCAAGGCGAAUCGCGCCCGGGGCCACUGGAAGGAGGCUGGCGAGGAGGUGGAAAAGUGGAUCGAGCUUCGAGAGGGAGACCUGCGCGAGACUCUCAAGACUGGACUACCGCAUGAAAUUGAUUUCCUUCUUCUGGACAUCUGGUGUGAACUGGCCAUGCCGACGCUCAGACUGGUGCGGCCACACCUCAAAGUCGGCGCCAUGAUUGUCAUGGACAAUGUCCUAGCGGCCCAGGACGGAUACAAGGAACUCAUGACAUACUUGCAAGAUCCUCAAAACGGCUUCAGGAUGACAACUGCGCCGUACAGUGGAGGUUUAGGUAUGGCCGUAUACGUGGGGCACGAGAGGACCUAG